CUAAAAUAUUCAUCCUAAGCAUCCACUCAGUCAUGAAGUUAAACAAGCGUACUAUAUUUUUCUUCUACAGACCAUGGGACGGCAGAAACCUUCAAAACCAGGUACUAGGAAAUACGGCACAAAAACCCGUUACUCGAAUGACACCCUGCAGAAAAUAUUAGAAGAAAUUACUACAGUACCUUUAAAAAUAAGAUAUGGAGGGAGGAAUUCUCCUGCUGCAUUCCCACAGAACAUGACAGUAAAACAUGAUUUUGAUGUAUUCUCGAUUUUCUCAGGAUGUCGACACGUUCGACGAAACAAGAGCUUUCCUUUUGCUGGUGUCAAGAUAUGACUUAACUAUGCACCUCAAGUCAAAGAUUGAUAUUGGAACACCCAUAUCACUGACAGUGAUACAAUGUUGUACAAAAGAUCUUUCUUCAAUCUCCGUAAACACAGUGGGUCUUCCAACUUUACAGCUGUGCUUGUUUUUUAAUUUGUUCACAAUGGUUUGUCUUGGAAUGUUAUAUUUCCUUGCAGCUUCCCUCUGGCCGAUUCUUCCAGUACGUAAGCAAAAAUGGACUGACUGGAUUUACAAUGCACCUCCUGGAACACGAAUGAAUUCAUCAGACAGUGGGUGGAUGGAACAAGGAGUAUUUGAUGACUGGUUUGAAACUCACUUCCUCCCUUUUGCCUUAAAGAAAGAAGGAAGGAGAGUAAUUAUUGGAGAUAACCUCUCCUCUCACAUCUCAAUCAGAACUUUGGAGCUUUGUGAACAAAAUAACAUUAAGUUCAUUUGCCUGCCACCGAAUGCGACACAUCUUCUGCAGCCGCUAGAUGUGGCUUAUUUUUCUUCUCUGAAGAAAAACUGGAGAGAUGUUCUUUCUCAAUGGAGGAAGACUCCAGAAGGAAAGAAGAAACAAUGUCUUCCAAAGGGUACAUUUAGUGGCCUACUGGCGAAGACUUUGCAGUUAGGUGAACAGACAGCAUCUUCAAAUUUAGUGAAAGGAUUUGAGAAAUGUGGAUUGUGUCCUGUAAACUGUGAUAGUCUUACAAUGUCUCCCUGA